AUGCAGUCUGCCCUUCACCAAGUUGUCGGACCAAAAGAGGUCCAUCCAGAGAACCUUGACGGUCGCGUUGCUGUUGUCACUGGAGGAGCUUUGGGAAUUGGAUACGAGGUCAGUCGUGCGCUUGCACAUGCAGGCUGCAAAGUCAUUAUGGUCAACCGGAGCGAGGAUCAAGGCCAAGAAGCCAUCGCGGACAUAAAGAAGGACAUGCCCAAAGCGGAUAUUUCAUGGAAAGAAUGCGACUUGGGGAAUCUUUCUCAAGUGAGAACCGUCUUUACGGAGCUCCGCGAGACUCUUGAACGCCUAGACUAUCUCGUCCUGUCCGCAGGUAUCAACGCGAACCAGUACGGCUUAGAUAGCGACGGAAUCGAACGCAUUUUUGCCGUCAACUAUCUUGGGCAGUACUAUGCGACCAACCAACUUUGGCCCAGGCUCCGAAAGACCAGCUCGAUGCCAGGGGUUACAGGAUCCCGUGUAGUUGCCGUGUCUAGCAAACUGCAUCAGCAAGCGCCGACGGAGAUUAAGUUUAGUUCACUGAGAGAUAUCAACAACCCCAAUCUCAGCCCGGUAGAGUUAUAUGGCAGAAGCAAGUUGGCGCUUAUCCUGUUUGUCCGAUUUGGGUUGCUGGAACGAGUCAUUAAGCCGGCAAAGGACUCGAUAUACGCGCUGGCCGUUCACCCAGGAGCUGGGCAGGUCAACACCGCCAUGCAGGAACAAUGGAAGGAUGCCUAUCCCGGAGUUACAGGGCAGAUACUUUCAUAUGCUAUGAAGGCUAUAAGCCGAGAUCCCGAGCAAGGUUCCUACAGCACGCUUUGGGCCUUAUCAUCUUCGGAAAUCGAAGAAAAGCGCCAAAAUGGGGCCUACUUUUCGGAUCCUGGGAAGGUUGGUGAUGAAAGCCCCCAGGCAUCUGAUGCUAAAUUGGGGACUGAGCUUUGGCAGCUUAGUGAAAAUCUUGUACGAGAGAAAUUAGGCGAGAGUGCCCUCGUCUCAUGGGAAUCGAGUGGCGUAGAUUGA